CCAAACCUCUCUAGAGUCAUCUUUGCAUUGAGAAAUGGGAACAAAGCCCGUCUUUCCAGAUCAGGAAUGCAUGUUUACUUUAACACCAGUGUCAUUACUGCAGAGUCCGCUAGGCUUCCAUAAUUAUGCAGAACGUUUUGAUUUACUGCUGUAUCUGGAGGAGUGUCAGAUGCAUGUGGAUAUCAAGAGAUACAACAAAGAUCAAGUCACCUUACUCAAAGACUAUGACAAGAGACUAAUGGUCUUAAACACCAUCAGUCCUGAGGGGAGAUCACCUGCUUCUCACCAAGAGUGAGGAGGUCCAACUCUCAACUGUGACCAAAUAC